GUUUUUCGUUUUUUUAUUUACAAGAGUUUCGGAAACAGAGUUGAUGAUGACAUUUACAUUUAACAAAGACGUGUUCAGUUAAAGCACAUUAAUUGAUGAACACGUUAAUAUCCUUCCUACCUAACGAUCUGUUCUGAUUCUGUUAGCAAGCGAGAGCUGUCAAUUGCUGCAAUGUAAGCCUUGCAUAGUUUUUAUCUGCAAGUCUUCCAGAGCCUUCCCUAAUCCCCACCCUCUAUGUUUUCAUUCAAUUCAGCUUUAAACAUAUCCGACAACUAGAACAGGCAGUUAAGAGCCUGGCCCCAUCCACAUAUAUUCAAGCUCAAAUUUGUGUAGAAUAGAGCAAGCUAGAAUAGAUCUUAGUCAUCUUACUAGUCCUACCCAGGACACAUCUGAAAAGAUUGGUUCAUGUACUUUAAAGCAAGUUGAAAUCUUCAAGAUAGUGAGAGAUGGAUUUUUUCUUGAGUUGCAUACUCUUGUCUUUUUGCUUUGCUGCCUCCUGGUUCUUAAUCCAAGCCCUCCAUGGAAGAACCAGAGUUAGGCUUCCACCAGGGCCAAAGCCAUUUCCAUUGGUUGGGAAUCUGUUUGAGCUUGGAGACAAACCUUAUCUCUCUUUGACCAAGCUCUCACAACGCUAUGGCCCCAUAAUCAGUUUGCAACUCGGGCAAGUAACGACUGUUGUAGCUUCUUCAUCAGCCAUGGCCAAAGAAAUCCUCCGAAACCAUGACCAAUUCCUUUACAACCGAACAGUCCCGGAUGCACUACGAGCCUUUAAAGACUACAGCUUGCCUUGGCUUCCAGUAUCACCGAGGUGGAGAAACAUUCGCAAAAUAUGCAACUCCCAAUUGUUUGCCACUAAAGAUCUUGAUGCCAACCGAGCAGGUCGGCGAGUCAAAGUGCAAGAGCUCAUAGCUAGUGUCAAGGACAGUAUGGUAAAGGGUGCGGCAGUAGAUAUUGGAGAGGCUGCUUUCAAAAGCACUCUCAAUUUGCUAUCGAGGACUUGUUUCUCUAUGGAUCUAGCUGAAACUGGCUCAGGCAGUAGUGAUACGGCUAGAGAGUUCAAGGAGAUUGUUUGGGGUAUAAUGGAAGAGGCUGGAAAGCCGAAUUUGGGGGACUACUUUCCUGUGCUUAGGAAGCUUGACCCCCAAGGCAUAAGGCGACGCUUCGCCAAUUACUUCCUGAGGAUGUUAGGCUUCAUUGGAUCUAUUGUCAAUAAAAGGUUGGAAUCCAGAAAAGUGCAUGAUUAUGUCACAAGUAAUGAUAUGCUGGAUACCCUUAUAAACAUCAGUCAAGAGAAAAAUGAGGAGGAUAUGAACAACUCCCAAGUUGUUGACCAUUUGUUUCUGGUUCUAUUUGCUGCGGGCACAGAUACAACUUCGGCCACAUUGGAAUGGGCAAUGGCUGAGCUACUACACAACCCAAAUAGCCUUUCUAAAGCUCAAGAAGAGCUGGAUCAAAUGAUUGGAAAAGGAAAACCAAUAGAGGAAUCCGACAUUGCUAGACUCCCUUACUUACAAGCAAUAAUCAAGGAAACCUUCCGAUUGCACCCAGCGGUUCCAUUGCUACUGCCACGGAAAGCUGAAAUAGAUGUCGAAAUUGGAGGUUACAUUGUCCCUAAAGGUGCGCAAGUUCUUGUCAAUGUUUGGGCCAUAGGCAGAGACCCGGGCAUUUGGGACAAUCCAGAUUCUUUUAUGCCGGAGAGGUUCUUAGACAACCAAAUUGAUGUUAUGGGAAAAAACUUUGAGCUUAUUCCGUUUGGCGGUGGGAGGAGAAUCUGUCCAGGUUUGCCAUUGGCAAUGAGAAUGUUGCACUUGAUGUUGGGUUCACUCAUCAACUGCUUUGAUUGGAAGCUGGAAGAUGGAGUUGUACCUGAGACCAUGAACAUGGAAGACAAGUUUGGCCUCACUUUACAAAUGGCUCAGCCUCUCAUAGCUCAGCCUCUCAUGCGGGAACUUUGAUGCAUGUUAGGGGCA